AUGGAGAAUGCCAAGAUCAUAGAGAAGAGAGUGCAAAAUAUGAUGACUGUUUGGGGUAUAUGCAUCAUGCCGGAUAUAUUUGACUUGCACAUGCACUUGUGUGUUUUUACUUCAUGUGUACUUGUAACACUGAUAACGUCUUAUAGGGUGUCCCCAAAAGAAUGCAAAACCAUUGAAAUAACAUAUUGUUAAAAUUUGAAUGGCCUGACACUAAGCUGAAUGCAAAGAUGUGUAAAGUAUUGACAAGUGUGCAUGCAUAUAUUAAACAUGGACUUAUUAAGAAAUUAAAAUAUCUUUGUAAAGCACACGAUUUUCUGCUGUUAGGAAUUUAAAAACAGUUUCUUAAACAGUUUCUUUAUGCAUAAAAUUUACUUAUUUCAAGGUUUGAUCAUGUGUGGGUUCAGCAGAGAGGUGAGGCAUUCAAAUACUAACAAUAGGUUUUUUCAAUAGUUUUCGUUUUUUGGGGGACACCCUGUAUAUUUUAUUUGUUUGCCAAGAUUAUAUUAAAUUCACAAUUCUUUUAACAACAAUGUCUUUUUUCCCUUGCAUUCCUCCUACGUAAUCACCCCCAAUUGUUUUAAAUCAAACAAGUUUUUCUUAUUACUUCCAACCGUAACUUCGCUUUGUCACUGAGAGUUUAUCGUUCUUGCAUAUUUCACCGAUUGAAUCAUCUGAUAAUAAAAGCAUUCCAAGGGACCUCGAUAUUGAUCAUUUAACCAGUGCAUGCAGCAGCGAGAACACUAAAUUUAAUCGCCAUGAGCAUAUAUUUUAAGAGCAGAAAGAAUAUAUACCAGUCUUAAAAUGACGUGAAAUGUGGAAAAACACUAAAUGCGAUGUCCCAUAGGGAGAAUUUUGAGUGACAAUUUGCAAUGCAAAUGACUUUUUAUGAAAUUUAUUGGCUCGCCAGCGACUUGCAUAGAAGCACAUUGAUAGUGCAGAGAUAUACAGCAUACGCGAAUGUACCACCAAAAUGGAUGAAAUGUUCGAUGAUAUUGACAAACAAGAUAUGAUUCCUGAUUGUUAGGAAGUUUGAGUUUUAGAUGCGACAAAGAAGACCAGCUUUUGAGUCAGACGACUGACCAAUUUUCCAGUCACGGAGACUAUGGAUGAAAUAAAAUCUGCAUUGCAAAUUUACAUGCCAGACAUCGCCCACGAUGAGAACUGGCAAAUAGGGAACAUACUAGAAUGAAAUAAAAAGUAUACUAUUGAAACAAGUGGUGAGCUGCAAGAGCGUACCAGGAGUUUAGAAAGGGAUAUCAGAUGUGGUUAGAUCCAUCGCCAGUAAAACCAGCAGUGGCAAAGUGGCACGAGUGCCAAGGGUAACAGAACAUCAUCUCAUUAAAUGAAAUAAUUCGUUUUUCGCUUUCUUGCUUAGUUUAUGAUCUACUUUUUACCGUAACAUUUGGCUAAGAACUAAAUCCAUUGUACCUCGCCAUUUAUUUAUUGUAGAGAACGUGUCAAAUCACAGGCGUGCGGUUGUAAGGAAAGAAGAUAAAAUUGUUGCAGAAAUUGAGGAAUUGAAAAACCUUUAUGGGGAUAGGCUUCCACCUUACAAAUACCGUUUAUGGGCGGAAAUGAUCGUAUGUCUUCAAUUUACACAUAGACAUAGUCAUGCAUAGAAAUUUUUUUUAGCUUAAGUAUUAAGAUAGAAUAUUAUAUUCACCUAUUAAUUCUUGAAUGUUAUAUAUCUCUUUUAUCCUGCAGAUUGUUGGGACUGCAACAAGAGAAAGCAUCCCAGACGUCCCAAUGUUUAGCACAAGUCCUGCCAAAUGGCCGAGAAGAGACAAUUUAUCUGAAACGAUAACUGCAGUAGGGCGUACAAUCGCCUGUGCCUUAACACCAGGAGCCGGUAGCUCAAAGAACGCUACAGCUUCUGUUGAGCAGGUAUAAUUCAAAGAGAAUUAACAAUUUAUAACUCUAAAACAAACAUUAUCUCUGACUAAUGCAAAAAUGCCGUAAAUCGACGAUAUCGAACACACUUAAAUUAUAGUGCACAAAAUAAUGCGUUUGCUUCUUAUAUAUGUAGGUCAGAAACAGUAGCACCACUGAGAAGGCAAAGUUACGGUCGGAAGUGAUCAAACAAGUAAAAGACUUGUUUGAUUUAAAACAAUUGGGGGCGAUUACGGAGGAGGAAUAUGAAGAAAAAAGACACUGUUAA